UAGAUAUAGUCAGUUAAUAGAAUUGAAAGUUGACAUACGAGAUUUUGCUUUUUAUCAAUUUCGUGUAGGUGUUUUUUUUUUAUUACAUAGCGUUUUUAUUUGUUUUUCUUAUAUUUUUUAAGAGGUUUUACAUAUUUUUCAUUAAAUUCAAUUUAUACAAAUAGAAUAUUUGUAUAAUUUUUCUGGAAAAUACCCGGUGACCGUUACAGUUAGAAAAUCAACGCGUGGUUAAAACGAUAUAGUUUUGUUUUGUUUUAAAAAUAUAUUUUAUUAUAAUCAAUUAUCAUAGUGAAAUAAUAUUAUUGUCUCAAAUAUAAAUAGUGAGAUUGCAGGAUUUCAUUAUUAAUUAUUAACAAUAAACUUAUAUAUAUGACAUAUAAUAAUAUUAAAUAAAAAUGGAAUACACGUCGUAUUCGUAUUUCCAUUCACGAAAUAAAAAUGAUAUGGAAGAUGAUACCUAUUCAUUUAGUGAUAGUUAUGAUGAUUCAUUUGAGGAUUCAUCAAAUAUAAGUUCAGAGUCUAUCGAUGAAUUAGUAUCAGCUGAAAAAGUUUAUGUUUGUGAUUAUGAUAAAAUUUAUAUAUGCAUGUAUGAAGCAAUUGAAAAAUAUAGAAUUUUAAAACAAUCAAAGAAAAAAAAUUUAACAACCAAUUGGAAUGAAUUGGUUGUAAUUUUACAAGAUGGUAAAACAACAAAUAUUAAAAAUGCUCCCGAUAAAAUUUAUAAAAAUGUAAAAAAAUCAAUACCUAUUGAAAAGACAAAAAUUGAUAAUACCAUUCAAUCAAAACCUAUUGUUACAAUUAAUCAAAAUACAAAUUUAUCAUCUAAUAAUGAAAAAAUUACAAUUAAUGAAACGAAAAAAGAAUUGCCUAAACAAAUUAAACAAGAAAAAAUGUCGAAAAAACAAUUAAAAAAACAACGACAAAAGGAGAAAAAGGAAACACAAAAACAAAAGGAUGACGAGAAAAAGAAGCAAUUAUUAGAAAAAAAAUCGGAAAAUAUAAAUAAAACAAAUUCUAAAUUAGUUAAUGAGUUAAAGGAAAAUUUUAAAAAUGAAGAAAAUAAUAAAGAAUCAGUUAAUAAUGAAACAAAUACAAAUGAUAAUAUUAAAAAUUUGGACAAUAUUAUCGAAACAGAAGAAGAUGACGAUAUUGUCGAUGAUCAAAAUAUUCUCGAUGAAAAUACAGCAUUUGUGAGUAAUGCCCUUAAGAAAUCAGAAAAAAAGGAUUCUGUUAAAACAAAAAAAAUUGAACGCAAAGAAGUAGUAACUAAAAAAAUUCCAACUAAAGUAAAUAUUAAUAUUAAUAAAAAAGAAAUAAAACCAUCAUUACCAAGUACAAGUGGUUCAUCAUCAACAUUAAAUUCCUCAAUGAAAAAAUCAGAUACGGCAUUUGAUGUUAAAGAAUCAAUUUCACUUGGAAAACGUGCCAUCACUCUUCUCAUGGAGAAUAAAAUUUCAAAGGCCAUACAAUUUCUAAAUGAAGCAAUACGUUUUAAUUCAUUUGAAUUGAGACAUUUUCUAAAUCGUAGCUUUUGCUAUUUAAGAAUAGGAGAAUAUAAAUCAGCUUUAAAAGAUGCUGAAUCUGUCAUUAAAGUAACAAAGGACAAUGAACAAUUAGUUACAGCAAAAUUUCGUGCCGGACAAGCAUAUUGUGGCUUACAAAAUUUUAAAGAGGCUGAAAAAUUUUUGGAUGAGGCUUAUAAUUUUAGUCAAGCUAAUUCGGCAAUUCAUCAAGAACUUUUGCGAGUGAAAAUUUUACAAUUAUUAUCAAUGGGUUUUCGCGAAAGGGACAUAUUAGAAGUACUUCGUGAUUGUCCUACCGUUGAGGGUGCAAUUACAUUGUUAGCUGAUAAAACAAUUACAGAUGAUGAUGAUAAUGAUUAUAUUUAUAAAAAUGUUGAUAAUGAUGAUGAUGAUGAUAUUUAUAAUUCGGAUGAUGAGGAUAAUCCCUGUUUAACAAGAUUAUUUCGUUCAUUGUCCAAUUAUCAGCAAAGUUUUGUGAAAAAACCUUCUAUACCAUCACUCUGUACUUUAAAAAUACCAACUCCUCAAUCAAUUAUACAACCAAAAGUUGUAACUACCAUUAAUUCUAAGGUGCCAAUAAUUAAGGAUGUUAACGAUAGAGCCAUUUGGGUUGGUAAUACAACUUCAAUUAUUAGCGAUCCGAUGAUAAAGAAAUUUUUCUCCAAAUAUGGAAAAAUUGUUUCCUUAUACAGAAAACCGAAUGAAAAUUAUACGUUCAUAAAUUUUGAAAAUGCCAAAUCUGUGAGGGAAUUAUUAACAGGCAAUUCGUACGUUGAAUUAGAUAAUAUUAAAUUGCCUAUUAAAUCUGCAACACGCAACUUUAAAUAAAAAUAAUAGAUAUUCUAAUUUUGCAAAGAAUAAUAUUUAAAAAAAAAAAUAUAUUUGUACUUUGCAAAAUUAUGAGGCAAAGUUUUUCUUGCUUGCUGCAAAAUUUGCGCUCUUCUUUUCUCAAUACACAAUAACUUAUUCACAAAAUAUCAGUAAAAAAAGUUAUGUUUUUAACUUUAAUAAUAAAUAAUUAAUUAGUUUUUUUGUAUUUAAAUAAGUUUUCCUAACUUUUGAAUAGUUAAAUUCAAUUACAAAUGAUGAAAUUAUUUCAUUUGUUCGAUAUUAUUCAGUAUUUUUUUUUAUUUGAUUAUUAUUAUCAUUAUUUUUUUAUUAUUAUUAAUUAAUUCAGUAUUGUUUGUAUUAAUUAUAAAACUGCCGAAUUUACAACCGGGGGGCAUAAAAUAAUUAUUGCAAUUAUAUAACCGAUUUAUUAAAUUGGAUAAACUCAAAUUCAGUAUAAAUAUAAAAUGCUCAAAAAAAAAUUUAUUGUUCGAUUUUAAAACUUAAAACUUCUGACUGAUUAAUUGAAUAGUUUUUUCCUAAAUGCAAAAUACAAAACUUUUUUUCUACGGGUUUGUUAAUAUUUGCUGUUUAGAAAAAAGUGUAUGUGUGUGUGUGUGUGUGUGUGAAUACAAUUUCUCUGUAAUAUUAAAAAUUCUCAUUGUAAAUUUGCAGGAAUGAAGUGAAUUUGUUUAAAAAAUCGAAUGUAAAAAAAAAAACAUAUGAAGUAAAAUUAUUACGCGUAGUUUUAUAUUUAAAUAGUUUUGAAAUUUUUUUAUAAAACUGAUGAAAAUAAAAUUUACUUUUUCUUCAAA